AUGAGAAAGGAGGAACAACAGGACACAACGGACUUGGAUGAAUCAGUAGUGAUAUCAGUAGCGGCACCUGCUGGUGCGAAUCGUACACCGACAACGACAACGUCUACAACAACUACGACUACGACGACGACGACGAUGACGACGAAGACGAUGUCGUCGUCGAAGAUGCCAGAUGGAGGCGCUUGCAGCGACGAAGACGAAGUCGAAGAAGGUGGCGGAGGUGGCGUAGGUGGAGGAGGUGGUGGUAGCAAAAUGGAAAAUGAGAAUCAAGUGGUAGAAAUAGAGGGGAUGAAGACCGCUGGCGUUGGUGGUCUUUCGUUAGGCGAAAGUGGGGGUGGAGGCGGCAUGGGUGGCUUCUGGAGGCAAAGCAGACCCUCCAGUCCCCGCAUGCCGCCUCCAGAGCAGCGGGAGCAGAGGCCAAAGAGCCGACACGAUCCGGCUUUAGCAAGAUAUAACAAUCUUGGUUAUUGGAGAGCCAGGCGUGUUACUUUUUACAAAAAUGGCGAUCCUUAUUUCCCUGGGGUUGAAUUCAGAUUCUACUAUGAGCCGCAGGUGGCGCAUCCACCUUUGCGACCUUGA